CUAAGCUUCUAUGGAGGGGUGCUGAGUGUUGGAAUGAGUGUUUAAAGCUUUUGGGCGUUGCUGAAGCAGCAGAAGCAUCAAUGGAUUCUGACCAGUUAAGCUCUGGAAUUUCAGAUUUUGAUACUCACUUUCAAGGCCUCAUAGUUCAGAAAAGUGAUGAUGACGACUCUGAGAAUGAGUCAGCACUUGAAAUUCAGCCAUACUUGAUGGAAGAAACAGGAUUGGUGGAAGGAGGUUUGAUGGAGCUAACCAGUGAACAUCAGCUUGGGGUCAAGGAGGAGAUUAGGAACAAAAUUUUUACAAUAGAGUCAGAUCUGAUGAGUGAAAAUGAAAAGGUUUCUUCUGCAUUUCUUUGAGUUAAUAAGUAUGGAGAAGCAAGGCGUGAAAAUGAGAGGAUGCUUGAUACCCAAUAU